AUGGAAGAUGAUCGAUCCAAUAUAGCAUAUAAAAAAAGAAAGACUAGCGAAAGUUGUUUCACAAAAUCAUUUCAAGGUAAUAAAAGUACAUAUAGAAAUAAUGAAAAUAAUUAUAAUAAAAAACAAUUUGUAAAUAUAAAUAAUGAUGAGAAAUCCUAUUAUAAUAACUCAGGUCUGAUUAAUAAUAAUUGUAAAAAAAUGUUAGAUACAAAUUAUAGUAGAAAUAUUUAUAAUAGUUAUAAUAAGUUGACACAUCCUUUUUUAAAUGAGAAGGGGAAGAAUGUUGAGUAUUCUGAUAGUGAAUUUCACAUUAUGAAGGACAUUGAUUUGGAUAUACCGAAUAAAAUCUAUAUCCAUGAUAAUUUAAAAGAUAUUUAUAAUGAUGAUAUGAACAAAAUUAAACAAAGGAAGGAUCAACAUAUGAACAAAUCAGGUUUAUCUGCUAAUGAAUAUAGGACAUAUAAAAUAACAAGUCCAGAUAAUAUAUCUUAUGAAAAUGCUGAGAAAUUAAAUAAAUUAUGGAAUAUAUAUAUUAAUGAAUUAAUACAAUUAUCAAACAAUAAUGAGUUAUCCUUAGAUGCAAUUAAUGAUUUAGAAUUAAAUGGAGCAUAUAUAGAAGUACACAAAUCUCGAUGUUCUACAUAUGUAGGACAAAGGGGUAUAAUCAUAUUAGAAACACACAAUUCCUUUAAGAUUGUUACACCUAAAAAUAAGGUCUUGAUAUUAUUAAAAAGUAAAACUGUUUUUAUACUUACGAUUAAGGAAAGACAAUAUUACCUACAUGGAAUUCAAUUACUGCGUGACCCAGCAUUAAAAUCAGCAAAAAAAUAUAAAAUAUUACAAAACAGAAAAAUUUAA